GCGCUUUCGAGAAAAUCGUGGACUCUAAUAUUUCUCUCUGGUACCUCUAUUUUUUCUUCAUUUCCCCCUCUUUAUAACUCGAGUUGAAAAUAAAAAUUACUCUGGGAAGGAGUAGAGACAGGCGUGGCUGUGGAAAAAAGGAGCAAGUAGGCGGGUGGCGAAAGUGCGUGGCGGGAGCACCGUGCGCUCUCUUCUCGCCGGGCGGAAGUUGCGGGACUGAAUGGGUGCCGGAGCCAGCGGCUGCGGCUCCUCUGUCUUCUCCUGACGCUUGGUGGCCGCUGUGCUGCCGGUCUCGUCUGCUGCUGGGUUACCAGGUUCAUGUGGAGGCUCCCAGGCGCCCGCGCCGCGCUUCGUGGGGUCCGCACAGCGGUGGAGCGGCAUAGUCGGGCCGAGGCGGCGACUGAGACCCGGACGGACGCGAUGGAGCGCGCUGUAGUGCGCUGUGUGCCCUCGGAGCCUAAGCUAAGCUUGUCGUUCGCGCUGGCCGACGGCAGCCACAAGAACAUGCAGCGCGACCAGAGCGAGCCACUGGGUCGAGUCCUCAGCCGAAUCGCUACCAACGCCCUCAAAGGCCACGCUAAGGCGGCCGCUGCUAAGAAGAGCCGGAAGAACCGGCCGAACGCAAGCGGCGGCGUGGCCUGUGCGGAGCCUGGGUCCGAGCCGGCUGCGGCCUGCGAGCCUGUGGUGAAGCUGUACUACCGGGAGGAGGCAGUGGCUGAGGACGUGCUCAAUGUGGACGCCUGGCAGGAUGGCGCGGUGCUGCAGAUUGGCGACGUCAAAUACAAGGUGGAGCGCAACCCGCCCGCCUUCACCGAGCUGCAGUUGCCACGCUACAUCAUGGCCGGCUUCCCGGUGUGCCCCAAGCUCAGCCUCGAAUUCGGAGAUGCCGCCGGCUCCCUCUUCCGCUGGUACAAGGAAGCCAAACCCCGAGCGGCGGAGCCUGAAGGCGGGGGCCCCUCGCCAUUGUCUCCCUCUUGGCCCUCUCCUAGUUGGACGGAGACGGGUGUGGACGAGCGCGUCUACACCCCGUCCAAUGCUGACAUCGGGCUACGGCUCAAGCUUCAAUGCACCCCAGGCAAUGGGCAGCGCUUCGGGCCAAGCCGGGAGUUGGAAAGUGUGUGUCUAGUGGAGGCCGGGCCCGGCACCUGCACUUUUGACCACCGGCAUCUCUACACCAAGAAGGUCAUGGGCGACGCUCUCAUCCGCACUGUCUCCUACAACAUCUUGGCCGACACGUACGCCCAGACUGAGUUCUCACGGACGGUCCUGUACCCGUACUGUGCCCCUUACGCUUUGGAGCUCGACUACCGCCAGAACCUUAUCCAGAAGGAACUCACGGGCUACAAUGCCGACCUCAUCUGUUUGCAGGAGGUGGACCGCAACGUGUUUACAGACAGUUUGGUGCCGGCCCUCGAGGCCUUUGGGCUGGAGGGCGUAUUUCGAAUCAAGCAGCACGAGGGCCUGGCCACUUUCUACCGAAAGUCCAAGUUCAGCUUCCUUAGCCAACAUGACAUUUCUUUCCAUGAAGCCCUGGAGUCCGACCCACUUCAUAAAGAACUGCUGGAGAAACUAGUUUUGUACCCGUCGGCGCAGGAGAGGGUGCUCCAGAGAUCUUCGGUCCUUCAGGUUUCUGUUCUUCAGUCAACACAGGACUCUUCUAAAAAGAUAUGUGUUGCUAAUACCCAUCUCUACUGGCAUCCUAAAGGUGGGUACAUUCGUCUCAUUCAAAUGGCAGUAGCCUUGGCUCACAUUAGACAUGUCUCAUGUGAUCUCUAUCCUGGCAUACCAGUUAUAUUUUGUGGGGACUUUAAUAGUACUCCAUCAACAGGAAUGUAUCAUUUUGUCAUCAAUGGCAACAUUCCAGAGGAUCAUGAAGACUGGGCUUCCAAUGGGGAAGAAGAACGAUGCAACAUGUCUCUUACCCAUUUCUUCAAACUGAAAAGUGCUUGUGGUGAACCUGCUUACACAAAUUAUGUUGGUGGUUUUCAUGGAUGUCUGGAUUACAUUUUCAUUGACUUAAAUGCUUUGGAGGUUGAACAGGUGAUUCCAUUACCUACUCAUGAAGAAGUUACCACCCACCAGGCCUUACCUAGUGUUUCCCAUCCCUCUGAUCACAUAGCACUUGUAUGUGAUUUAAAAUGGAAAUAGAUUUGUGUUUAAUGGAAUUUAAGUCAGCUUUAUUAGGAAAUUUAAUAUGAAUCAAAACUUAUGUGUAACCUUCAAAGAGGAAAACUAGACACUAAGGUCAACUGAUCUUACCCUUACUAGUUAUGUUCCAGUGUCUUCAUUACAUGACUGUUCAUAAUGUUUACAUAAUAUAGUUUCUCUACCCUUUUUUUCCCCCUAUGCUUGGAGGAAAAACAAAUAUAUUUAUGACUGGCAGGAAGAACAUUGAAUUGUUGUGUAUGUUUUAUAAGUACCUUUGUUUUUUAGCUAGUAAUUAAGAAUUUUGUAAAAAACCAUUGGAAUGAUUCUAUAGUUUUUCUAUCAUAACACACAUUUCAAAUUGAAUUGAAUCAUGCUUAUGUAAUUAAGGGGAAAAUGCAUACAAGUUAAGGUGAGAGGCAUAAGUUCUGACACAUGGAAGGAAUGACAUUAGGGUCUACCUCUACCUCAAUUUGGUUAGCAAUUUAAUACAACUUUCAGAGCUUUAACAAAAGAUUAAAAUAUACCAUCAUCCAUUGUUACUGCUUCUCAUUUUUCAUUUUUCAGCUAACAUAAAGUAUUUUCAUUCUCUUAUUUUUAGGAUUUUAGUUUUUCAUGAUGGUACAAGUGGACAUAUUUAUAUUCUCCUUCUUACUGCAGCUCAUUUUAACUUUUAGGAUGCAAGCACAAUUUAGUACUCAAAGUGAAUAGCAACAUAGUCAACUUGAUCCCAUUGUCUUUAAUUACUCUUGGCCAUGAAAAAUGUUAAUAAAUCAACAGGGUAUCUGAUUAUAUGAUAGAGAAUAUAGCACAAUAUGUUAACUUUAUGAGAAACUGCCUACUGAUAUGGGCUUGAAAUUUUAGAUUUACCAUUGAGCAUUUCUAUGCUAGGAAUAUUUUCAAAAUUGUUGGUUUUUAUAAAUAGGAGAAAGGGGAGUAAUGGGGCUUAAUGAGCAUCUCUGAAAUAAACUACUCUUUUUGUAGACUUGAGUGUUAUAGUUUGAGUUACAGGAAACAUUGUAUAUAUAAUUUAUAUACUGUAAAAAAGAAAUUUAAAUAUGAAGCCAAACUUUUUAAAAUUAGAAGUUACAGUUGUACUGAUUAGUGUCUAGCCUAGCAAGCUUUUCUAACUCAGUUGUCACCAUACCUUAUUUGUAAUGCUUUAGCUAUUGCUUUUUUGAUGUUCCGGAUAGCCGUAAUGUUAUCUCAUAUUUGUGCAUUUAAUUUUUAGGUUAGAUGUUAAAAGCCCACCCCCUUCAAGAAGAGCUCUAAUUUUCUAGUCAUGAGAGCCUUUGUUCCAAUUCCUUAAUCUCUAAACCCGAUACCAUAAGAACUUUUCUCUUUUGAUAAAGUAGCCUGUACUUGCAUAUUCUGCUCACUAUCCAGUGUAUUGUUAACUCUUAGUUUAGUCAGUUUGAGACUGAGAGGGUUUCACCUGUACUUCAGAUUGAACCUUGAAGUACUUAAAGUACUUGAAGGGAAAUUAAGGUGGCAGUUUCUUGGGAUCUUGUUUAGAAAAAGCUAUAAAUGAAAAAUUGAUGCUACCAAAUUGUGCCUUCCUAAAUAACAUUUUUUAAAGCAUUUUAACAUCAGUUUACAAAUGCAUAAAUAAUAUAUUAAAGCCAGAAUCUGAUUCUUUUGCAAAAUACAUAUUUUUUUUCUUCCUUUUUAAAAUUCGUUUUUGGUCUGUUUUCAAACAAACAUGUUGAUAGGACUCUUGAGAGAAAACAAAAAGUUCCUAAGCAAAAAGUUGAGAACAUUUUGAAAGAAAAAAUUGUAACAUGAUGUACUCACUCAUGAGAAAAACAUACGAGUCCUAUAUUGAUACCAUGGCUAGCUAGAUUGAACUCUGCUCAGAAGAACUCUAAGCACUUAUCAAACAUUCCAUGUCCAGAAUCUUUAAAUUUGAUAUUUGCUGACUAAACUGUGAUCAGAUUGUAUACAGGCAUUUCAGAAUAUUAGAAUACAGAAUAUUACUGUGAAGUGCCAUGUACUCUGGUAAAUCUCCAGUGCAGUCACGUACCGCAUAACGACGUUUUGGUCAGUGAUGGACCGCAUAUGUGAUGGUGGUCCCAUAAGAUUACUAAGUCUAGGUGUGCAGUAGGCUACACCAUCUAGGUUUCUAUAAGUACACUCUAUGAUGUUCGCACAAUGACAAAAUCGCCUAACAAAGCAUUUCUCAGAACGUAUCCCUGUCAUUAAGCGACGUGUGACUAUAUACAGAUAUGUUAGUAUAACUGGAGUCCAAAGGUAGGGAACUAAGAAAAUUGUAUAAAUAACAUACCAAAAUUUCCUUGUAUCCAUGAGUUAGAAUAAAGUGUUAUUCAGAAAUGUUUAAGUGUUUAAAGCCAUCUGUGUAGUUGAGUUUUUCUAUUAUAUUUGGAUUUUUUAGUACGUUUAAUUUUAAUAAAAUAUGGAAAGUCUAGCCACUC